AUGCCACGACGCGUUGUACGUAAGAGAUUUGAAAAUGAUGCGUGUCCGAUCAAACACUCGUUAAAACUCACUUUUGCGUUGCUUGUUGUCGGAAUUGUAGAAGUGUGGAAUAUAGAGAAGAUGAAGCCCGUCUUAGAGACGUACUUGCACAACGCGCUACAAUUCGUUUUCCCCCAAAAUUGCUUCGAAGAGUUGAUUAUCAACUUCAAUAUAUUCCAUCCAACAUGUCCAAAGAUGGUAUUGAGCCGUGCUCUUGGUCUUGGAAUUACUGGCGGAUCUAUUCUCCUUUUUGUACCUCAAAUCCUAAAGAUCUUCACUGCGAAAAGCGCUAAGGGAAUCUCACUGUUGUCCCAACUUCUUGCUCUUGUUGCUGCUGCUGGUACUGCUGCUUACAGCUUUAACAAAGGAUUCGUUUUCAGUCAAUGGGGUGACUCGUUUUUCGUUGCCAUUCAGCUCAUGAUCAUCGUUAUGCAGAUUCUCUAUUAUUCGGACGCUAGUGCUUAUGCUUUUGCAUUUUUUGCAUUUUGUUGGGCGUUUGUAUUUGCUGUCAUUGGAAAUUACGUGCCAGCGGAGAUCCUGAUGAUGAUUCAGGCUCUUGGCAUCCCUAUCACUGUUGCUUCGAAGUCUAUCCAAGCCUGGCAAAAUUUCAAGAACCAAAGCACUGGCCAGUUGUCGCUUGUUUCUGCGUCGUUGCAGUUCGCAGGUACGGUUGCACGGGUGUUCACUUCGGUCCAGGACACUGGUGAUACUCUUUUGAUCGCUUCAUUUGCCAUAGCUGCCGUGCUGAAUGCCAUUCUGUUUGUACAAUUCUUCCUGUACUGGGACGAAGCCAAGCGUAAGAAGAUGCGUUGAUAUUAGCGUUCUUUCUCUCCAGACGGCAUGCUGCACGUUUUUUGCUACUGUCAUUCUCGGAGUAAGGUUAUUGUUGUUUUUCGUUUAAUUAUUGGAUAAACAUUCCGCAAAGUGC